AUGCUGGCGCCUCUGGGCUGUGGCAUACAAACUGGUGCCGGUACUAUUACAAAGCUAGCUGCGGCAACACAAGACGACACCGUCGCUGUCAUUGGUCUUGGUGGGGUCGGUCUUGCAGCAGUAAUGGCUGCGAAGAUCAUUGGCUGUCGAACCGUCAUCGGAAUUGACCGCGUGCCUAGCCGACUUGAUCUCGCUCAGUCGCUUGGAGCAACCCACACCGUCAACACCGCAAACAUCACGAACACACUGACAGAAGAAAUUCGAAAGCUCACUGGUGGGCCGGGGAGCACCAUCACAGUAGAUGCUACCGGGGUUGUGCCAUUGAUUAAACAAGGGCUCGAGUUCACCGCGAACCAAGGGAAGAUGAUUUUGCUAGGCGUUGCGCCAAUGGAUGCAAGCUUGGAUCUGCCUAUUGUUCCACACAUGGUGAGUGGCAAGCAGUUGCUGGGCAGCAUGGAAGGAGGAGUAUACCCUGAGGAUUAUAUCCCUCAGCUUAUUCAAUGGUACCAUGAGGGAAGGUUCCCAUUGGAAAAGCUUAUCAAGACCUACGAUCUGUGA